GCGUAUGUGCGUCAACUGGAUAGGAAAAACUCGAUCAGAUUUUGGUCGGACUCUCUCUCUCUCUCUCUCUCUCUCUCUAUAUCUAUCUGCUCUAACGAAUUUGCGUUCUUCUGCCUGCCUGAGAGAUGCAUACUUGAACACAGCAAAUUUUGUGCUCGCUUUUUAGUUAUUGAAUUUGCGUCUGUUCGUUCUCAAGUGCCUGAGGAUUUCAUCUAGCUUUUCUGCGGUAAUUUUCAGGGGAAGGUUGUAUUAUAUGGGUUGAAUGAUCGGUGCUGCAUAGCUUUCUUGUUAUUUUUGAUGGAUCUCAGUGAACAGGUAAAUAUCCUGACUGAGAUAUCAUCUGGGGAAAAUGGCGGUGGUGACACAAAGAGUGGCCUGUCUGGGAUUAAUACAGGCCCUGGGAAAAUGUGUGUUUCUAGCACACAAUAUGAAUCUUCUUGUGUGAUAGCUGAUGAACCAUCGGUUUCUAUGGCAAAAUCUAAUGGUUCAGAUGCUGAUCUUCUCUUGGCUUUUGAGUCUAUAAGUGUUUCCGAGCAAUUGCGGCAGAAAGAUGGUGUAGCAUCAGAUUGUAUUGAAAAUUCCGCCUUUGAUCCCAUUGACGAAGGUUUCCAUUCUGAACAACGCCGUGAAAAUUUUGAAGAUACUUGUAAGUAUAAUUCAUUUGAUUUAUCCGGCGUUGCGGAGUCAUCUGGACAAAGAGAUGGUGCUGGUGAGGUUAUUCUUGGAGUUGACCAACACUGUAAACUGAAUCCUCCUUUAAUUGUAUAUACAUCUUCUCGAAGGAGUGCAUUCAAUACGGAAUUAAAUUGCAAUAAUGAGACCGGAAAAACAUUAAAAUGUAAGAGGAUGGCUGGCCAGAACUCAGUAGUGAAUUUGGAUGACUCGCAAAUGUUUAGGAAAAGUAGAAAUUCAGUCUCCAAGGAUGCACAAUCUUCUGUUUGGGUACCCACUACACUACCUGAUUCUGAAGUGAACAGCAGAACUGACCUAAAUUUGGCUAAUGAGAAACCACUACCAAAAGGGAGUAAAGGAAAAAGUAAUUCUCUCCAGGGUCAAGAAUCAUUCGGGAAACAGACCCCAACUGGUCGUAUAUCUUUGAAGAUUAAAAUUGGUAACCAAAUUUGUGGCAGGGGGAAUGCUGCUGAAAACUUCACUCCAAGAGGAAAAGAUGUUCCGGAAUUACAUGACACAAUGAAAAAUGAGCUGGGAGAAGAAGUGCCUGAAGAUUUGUUACCAAGAUGUGAAAGGAGUUUAGAGAAGGUUAUGGCUUCUGAAGCAUUUGGCUUGAGUGCUCAUCUCAAUGACAGGAGUUCUCUUGAUGAACAAUCUUUCAAUGCUUCCCGUGACUUCCAUCGCAUCCCCAACCUUGAAGAUAGUCAUAAUUUGGGAGCUGCAAACAUGUGUUCAGAUGUUGGAACUUCUCCUGAUUCAGAAGUUAUAAACUCUGUCCCUGAUGCUCCACUUGUUGAAAAAGGUUUACCAGAUUUGCAGGGAAGUCAAAUUAUGUCUAAGGUGUGCAUAUCUCCCAAUGAUACAUCAGAUCUUAUCUUGCCUCCAAAGAAGGCCAAGAAGGGAAGCAAGAAAGAUAACCUUCAUCAGGUUAGUAAGUGUACCUUGAAAAUUAAGUUACCUGGUUCAGAAUCCUCAAAUACUUCCAGAGUCCUCGUCUCUAAGGGAGAUGUUAUGAGUCUGAAUAUUCCAGAAACUAAAUCUAAGAGAAGAAAGAAGAAAAAUAAGCUCCAUGAAGUAGGUGAUUCUAAUUUAAGAAUCAAGCAAACUGCUACAGAAACCAGAAAUGUUGCUACUGCACCUCCAGAUUAUGGAGUGAGUGGCAAAACUGCUGAUGAUGCGAAUGAAACUUCACGAAAUGAUUCAAAUCGUGCUGAAACUACUCUUUGUCCUGAACCUGUUGCUACAUUUGUAUCCUCAAAUUCGAAGGUUCGCAACAGGUCAACUUCUUGUGGCAAUGGGCUAAAUUUCAGUAAACACUCUAGAAAAAAGGGAGGAAGCAAGGGUAUGUCUGGAAGCAUUGAUUUUCCCAACAGGAAGGAUAAAAACUCUACAAGGAAGGGAAAGAAAAUCAAUGUAAGCAAUAAAUAUCAAACUAAUGAAAACGCUGGUGCCAAUGGUGUCAUUAGGGAAGUUCAGAGCUGCUUGGAUGCAGGAAAUCAAGCACCACCUGAUCUUGGAGAAAAUGGGGCUCGGAAAUUCUCAUCUCGUCGGCUAAGAAAUGCAUGGGUCCUUUGUGAUGAGUGCCAUAAAUGGAGGCGGAUACCAGCUACACUAGCCGAUCACAUUGAGGAAACCAACUGUGGAUGGUCUUGCAAAGAGAAUACAGAUACAGACUUUGCUGACUGCUCAAUUCCUCAAGAGAUGACAAAUUCAGAAAUCAAUGAAGAAUUGGAAUUAUCUGAAGCUUCUUGUGAGGAAGACUCUGGUGGUACCUUCCGCAAGAUCAAUCAAAAUCAACCAAAGGUUCCUCAGCAGGCAUCUUGGUCUCUCAUUAAAUCAAACUUUUUUCUCCAUCGUACCCGCAAAACACAAACCAUUGAUGAGGUAAUGGUUUGUCAUUGCAAACCUCCACCAGAUGGAAAAAUGGGAUGUGGAGCUAAAUGCUUGAAUCGGAUGCUCAAUAUUGAGUGUGUUCAAGGAACCUGUCCGUGUGGUGAUCUUUGUUCAAAUCAACAGUUUCAAAAGCGCAAGUAUGCCAAGUUGAAGUGGUUCAGGUGUGGCAAGAAGGGCUAUGGCCUUCAAGCACUUGAGGAUAUUUCUCAAGGACAGUUCCUUAUAGAAUAUGUUGGAGAGGUGCUUGAUGUGCAUGCAUAUGAAGCAAGGCAAAGAGAAUAUGCUUUGAAUGGUCAUAGACAUUUUUACUUCAUGACAUUGAAUGGGAGUGAGGUAAUUGAUGCAUGUGCUAAAGGGAAUUUGGCUCGUUUCAUAAAUCAUAGCUGCAACCCUAACUGCCGUACCGAAAAGUGGAUGGUGAAUGGAGAAGUUUGUGUUGGGUUAUUUGCUUUGCGGAAUAUUAAAAAGGGUGAAGAGGUUACAUUUGAUUAUAACUAUGUACGUGUAUUUGGGGCUGCAGCAAAAAAAUGUGUAUGUGGUUCGGCUAAUUGUCGGGGUUAUAUAGGCGGUGAUCCAACAAGCUCUGAAAUAAUUGUUCAGGAUGAUUCAGAUGAUGAAUUUUCUGAACCUGUUAUGACCUGUGGAGAUAAAGAGCUAAAUGAAGAUUGGAGAGAUAUAAUGUUGAAUUCUUCAAAAGUUGGAGAAAAUGAAAAUGCAAAUGAGCCAAAAGAUAACAUAUCUAUGGCGAAGAAACUGAUCAGCACUGCUGGUGAGGAUAUAAUGGAGUCACAAGCACCAGAACCUUUAGCUCAAGUGGUUGAAGAUGUUUACUCUGCUCAGGUUCAAAAUGAUGUAGUUAGAGAUGAAUUUGAAGUUGGUAAUUAUUCUGUUGAGCAAUUGGCUACUGACAAAGUUAAUGGCGAAUCUAUGCGCGGAACCAAAUCAACUGAUUUUAAGGUUGAUUCUGAGGGUUUGCAGUCUCAAGUACAUGGUUCUUCCCAAUUUAUGGAAAUGUCUGUACUGACAGAUGGUAUUUCAGACACAGAAACAUUUUCUGUUCUUGGAUCAGCAGUUGCUGCCGCAUCACCUGGCAAAUCAUUGUCUGAUACAGUUGAACCUAAGAGGAAGUUGAAACAUGCUGCUGUUGGUGGUGAAUUGGCAACAUCCAACUCUCUUACUAAGAUCAAAUCGUCAUCUUCGGUUAGGAAGCGGAAACCUAAAAACAAUGCUAUCAGUCCCAAAAGAAUGCCCGACACAGAUAAAUUAAAUGCAACACUGAACAAAUCCAAGAAGUUACCAGGACUGAACAUGAACAGUCAUUUUGAAGCAGUUGAGGAGACACUGAAUGAGUUACUCGAUCCUGAUGGGGGAAUAAGCAAGAGAAAAGAUGCAUCAAGAGGCUACUUGAAGCUUCUUUUCUUAACAGCUGCUUCAGGGAAUAAUGGGCAUGGUGAAGCUAUUCAAAGUAAUCGCGAUCUUUCAAUGAUCCUGGAUGCGCUCUUGAAGACUAAAUCUCGAACUGUGCUGAUCGAUAUAAUCAAUAAAAAUGGUUUACAGAUGUUACAUAACAUAAUGAAGAGAUAUAGAAAAGAUUUCAAUAAAACUCCCAUUCUGCGGAAGCUUCUUAAGGUACUGGAGCAUCUUGCUCUGCGAGAGAUUCUUACUUUGGAGCACAUAACUGGAGGUCCACCUUGUGUUGGAGUGGAGAGCUUUAAAGAUUCAAUGCUGGUUCUCACAGAACAUGCUGACAGACAGGUCCAUCAAAUUGCACGAAAUUUCCGGGAUAGGUGGAUCCCCAGAUCCCUCAGAAAAAAUUACUGCAUGGAAAGGGACAGUGGAAGGAGUGAAUUUAAUUGCCAUUCAAGCUAUGGUGAUUCGUCUAUAUCAAAUGAUAAGGCUGGUGAUAAGACUGUAAAACCUUCAGAUUUUAUAUGCUCCAAUGAGAAGCAGGCACUUGCUGCUUCUGGUGCAACAGAGGUUUCCGCCCCCUCUGUUUCAGGUGGUAGCUGUGGAAACAACAGAGUGAAUUCACUCAAGCGCAAGAGUCGAUGGGAUAUCCCGGUGGGGGAGUACUCACAUUCAAGAAUUAGGACAUGCAUAGAGGAGGAUGCUCCUCCAGGGUUUUCAUCUCCUUGCAAUGGUCGUGUGGUUCAAUCUGAUGCUUCUUCAAAUGCUAUCCGUCACUGUGAAGUACAUAUGGAUCUAAAGAAACAUCCUCACGAUGUUAUUUUGGGUGAUGCACAGCCAAGAUUUGCAGCACGUAUAGCUGUGUCCUAUGGAGUUCCCUCUUCUAUCAUGCAGAAGGUUGGGGCGCGCCACGAAACAUCAGAGGGUUGGGCUGUUGCUCCAGCUGUGCCAUUCCAUCCAUUUCCUCCUUUGCCGCCAUUUUCCUAUGAAGAGGGUGCUCGUAAAUCAUCUGCUGCAACAUGUCCACCAACGGGUGAAUACACUGAGAAGACAGUGGAACACUGUAAGAGAACAUGCCGUUCAAAUCCACUGGAUAGCAACCUUCCUGCUUUAGAUCGCCUUCCAGAUCUCCGGCAAGGGGUUUCUUGUAGCUUGGGAAGGAAAUACUUUAGGCAGCAAAAAUGGAACCAUUCAAAGUUAACCCCACCAUGGAUCCGAAUGAAAAAUGGCAGGAGCUAUAAUGGGAACAACACUGGAAAUGAUUCACCUGGAGCAAGUGAUUUCAGGCAUGCAUACAACUCGCAGGAGGUCAGCUGGCAGGAAAAUUAAGAACGAAAGUUAUUAGAUUUUGUUGUGAAAAUAACUAGAUAUUAUAGGGAAGAUUUCAAGGGCUCUGUUACAUACUUUCUAUGUUGAUCCCUUUUUUAUCAAACCAUGAUUCUUUACUGCACAGCCUUCCCACA